AUGGAUGAAUAUGAACGCAAACCCAAAGAUAUUUUGCUAUCACAACCGCCAACACAACCUGCGCAGCGAUCUAGGGAUUUGCCUCCAACAAAGCUGCGCAGUCAACUCGAACGUCGACUGUCACCAAACAUGCGCGCUCCUCGGGAGUUGUCGUUCUACUCGGCACGCAGCUGGUGGCAAUAUAAAACCUUUAUGUCACAAUUGCAAGAUCACUUCGACAAGCACGGGUACCACUGCAAGGAGUCUCGCAAAAUCGAGAUCUCCAGGGCCAAUCUCUCGCGUGCAUUGCUUGAGAAAUGGGUCGAGUAUGCCUCUCGCCUUAAAUCAGUGACCUGGUUCGCAUUCUGCGUUUUCCUCGUCUACCAAAUUCCUUCCGGAGGGGCCGGAAACUUCAAGUACUCCAAUACUUACCGAAGGUCUAACCAGUCAGUGUACGCCUUUGCGCUCGAACUACUUCGUUGGGCCCCGGACAACUUCGGUGCGAAACACAACCAUAUAUGGGACCGAAUACUUUCUGAACUCCGAUCAAGGGCCCACAAAACCUGGAAGGACUUUGACGAGUUCCAUGUCUUUGUUGCUUAUCUGCAGCAGGUCCAGGACUCGUUUUAA